UCAACAUCCUCAUCGCCAUCAGCUCACGCUCACAGUCUCACACUCACUCACAGAGAGAAGCGGCAGCCAGAUCGUGCCCGGCUCAGGCGGGAGGAGGAUCGAUGGCGUUCAUGCGGUACCGUGCGCUGCCGCAGGGGGAGGUGACGGCGGAGGAGUUCUGGGCGUGGCUGGGGCAGUUCGACGCGGACCACGACGGCCGGAUCAGCCGGGAGGAGCUGCAGCGCGCGCUGCGGAGCCUCAACCUGUGGUUCGCGUCGUGGAAGGCGCGGGGAGGGGUGCAGGCCGCGGACGCCAACCGCGACGGCACCGUCGGCAAGGAGGAGGCUGGCCGGCUCUUCGCCUACGCGCAGAAGCAGCUCGGCGGUAAGAUCACGCAGCUCGGCUCCUACUGAUCAGGCUGGGCAUGAGUUAAUCUGCUGCUGUAACUACGAUUGUGCGUAUUUUUACGAAUGAGAUGGAUGUUUGUGUUUUCGGAGUUCUGGGACAACCUUUGCCGUGGUUUCCCAAGGGUUUCCUACAGCACUGCGAACUCUGUGGAGAUCUGCAGAGUUUUUAGAUAUGAUGGACGUUUCUCCGAGCUCUGUUGAUUAAUUUGCUUAUGUUUUGCCAGUUGA